AUGAUCCCAAUGCUUGAAACCGCCCGUCUCUUCUCCGAAAACAGCGUCAAGACCUCCAUUGUCACCACCCCGGCCAACGCCAACCUCAUCAACCCUCUACUUCACCACCAUCCCUCCAUCUCCCUCCAUCUCAUCCCCUUCCCUUCCACCACCUUCCAACCUCCCUUCCGGCUGCGAAAACCUCACACGUCCUCCCUCUCCACCCUCGCCAACAACUUCUUCUCCGCCGUCUUCUCCCUCCGUGACCCUCUCUCCCACCUUCUCUCCUCUCUCCACCCAGACGCCAUCAUCUCCGACGCUCUCUACACUUGGACAACUGAACUCGCCGGCGAGGUUUCCAUCCCCUCAGGUUAUUUUCCAGGUCACCAGUCUUUUCCUCUCUCCGCCGCCAAUGAUCUCGACCUCCACCGCCCGUACAACUCCAUCUCCGACGACUCUGAGCUUUUUCUCGAUCCCCGGCUUUCCCCACACCGUCCACUUGACCCGUUCUCAACUCCCGGAAGUCUUCAGCUUCCUCCCCAUGCUCGGCUGGCUCGAGAAGCCGAGCUUUCAGCCAUGCAGUCAUCGUCAACUCUUUCUCCGCUCUUGAGCCUGACUACGCCGUUCACUACUCCAACGUCGCUCCACGUGAAGUCUUCCUCCUUGGCCCCGUCGCCAUCGCCGGCCAGCCGGAGAAGAAGGAGAAGAAAGCAGAGCCAUGCUUGGAAUGGUUAG